GGCUGCGGUCAACGGCUCAGAAUGGCUCUCUAGGGAAAGCAGGUCCGUGCAAAAGCAGAGCAGGCAGCAGCAGAAGGCACCGCCCUGUGUUUGUUUGCUUGCCAACCGCGAAGUUUGCCACUGGGAUCACUUCCGUAGCUGGGAACUCUGCGGGCGGCGCAGGCUUUCAGGAUGAAUGCGAUGAAACUAGCAGUGCUCGGCAGCGAAGGAGCCGGGAAGUCUGCCAUUAUAGUGCGUUUUCUAACCGGGCGUUUCAUUGGAGAAUAUGCCUCUGACUCGGAAUGCAUCUAUACCAAACAUGUGUGUCUGGAUGGGAAGCAAAUUAACUUGGAUAUCUAUGACCCUUGUUCCCAGCCUCGACGAGGGAAGCUGUCCCUCACAGAUGAGCUCCACUGGGCAGAUGGGUUUGUCAUCAUCUACGACAUUAGCGACAAAGCGUCCUUUGCUUUUGCAAAAGCACUGCUGUUCAGGAUACGGGAGUGCCACGCAGGAGCAUGCAAAAGAGCUUCAGAGUCUACUGUUGUUUUGGUGGGGAACAAGCAGGAUCUAUCUCACAUGAGAGAAGUUGGCUGGGAUGAAGGACAGAAACUGGCCCUGGACUAUAAAUGCCAGUUCUGUGAACUGUCUGCAGCUGAACAUUGCCAGGAGGUGGUGGCCAUGUUCACCAAGGUCCUGAAGAACAUCCCCUCUAACCACAAAGGCAAAGAGAAGAGGCGUCCCAGCGGCUCAAAAUCCAUGGCCAAAUUGAUCAACAUGUUUGGGAAGAGGAGGAAAUCUGUUUAAUGGAAAGUGCGUCACAUGGAGAACUUACAGAUGCACUUGUUUUUCAAGAGCUCCAUUGGAAAGGAAGCCAUAAGACACUGUAUAAUGAUCCACACAUCUAGGACCAUCACUUGGGGUCUCAUUUUUUGAUGACUUUCAAAGGAAUGUGUGAACUGUCUCCAUCGGAGUGUUGUGUUUGAGUUGACACCAGAUGAUCCUAAAGUCUUGUCUGUGAUGAUUAAUCCAUUACAGCUACUCCAGAAAUGAAAAUCAUUGCUUGAUACUACUACAGUCAAUGGGAGGUUGAACAUGGCAGCUCCAAUCCCACUAACGUUAGUCAUGACUGUCCCAUUGAAAGCAUCAGUACAAGGUAUUCAUAGCUAAUUUUAGCUGAAUCGGGGCUGGCAUGUGUGAACAGGACUGAGUACAAUAUACAGGAGGACCUCGGUAUUCACGGGGAAUCGGUUCUCCACAAUUACAGCGGAUAAUGAAACAGUGGAUACUGGGUCAUUAUGGCAAUCGCAUCAUGGGGGUUAGGUUUCUGGAGGCCUGGAAAUUUCAGAGAAAACAGGCAAAAACGGGGGGCAGGGACAAGAAGGAAAGUGCUCUGCAGGCCUCCAGCACUUCAGCAAUGACCCUGCCAGUCAAAAAUCUGUUUCCCCUCCACCCCCCCAAAAAAAUUGCAGGUGUUUGUUGUUUUUUUUAAAUGAAUGAGCCACAAAAUGGCUCCCAUGCUCAAAAUGGAACAUGGGAAUGACCCUCGAGGUCAUUCCUGGCCACCCCCUAACCCACAGAUACAUGUAUUUAAUCCCUUCCCCCCCCAUUUUUUUCAUCCGCAUAUGCCAAGGUCGGGUGUCAGUUACCCAACCGUGGAUAUGCAAAACUGUGGGUGGCAAAUCCACAGAUAGCAAGGUUGCCCUGUAUUGUGCAGUGACUAGAUCACUAUACUUAGGACAUCUAAAUCUUUAGGGUCUGUUCUGACUCUGACAUCAACCUUCUCAAUGCCUUUGAGGAAGUGACUUGUUGAGCAUUAUGUCCAGUUAUAUCUUGUUUAUACAAAUUGUAAGACCUUUGGCAGGGACUCUUGAUAUGUGCCUAGAACUAUAUUUCCUAAAUACAGUUACAGCUUUCAGGUACUCCAUAUUAUCAGCAAUAAUUUGCUUCCUUUACACUCUUCUAAUGCCUUUUGCACAGCAGUGUGGCUGCAAAGUCAAGGAAUCAUGGAUAAUGCAGGCCUUGCAUGAAAUAAAAUGUAAUAUUGCAAAUGGCCUGAUAGCCUGCUUGUAAGUGGUGAAGGAAAGAAUGCAAAUUGUUAUUUUGCAAAGGGCUUCCUUUUUAGAUUGGGAGUUGCUUUGCACAUUCUGAGAAGUAAUGGAAGAUCUGUGGUUGACUUGUGUACUGGUUUUUUGUGCUUCUGGGGGAAAGAGCAAAGGGCCAUCUUACCACAGGAGCCAUCUGGGAUGGCUAGCUACUCUCAUCUUGGCAGAUGAAUGCUCAUUGGGAUUUUUGAUGUUUAAACCCCUAGAGAUGGAAAAUAGAUGAUAACAUUGCAAUACAUUCAGUUUUCAGUGUGUUAUCAUGCUUUUAUUGUUCUGAGUAUUGGGCAUGCAGCGGCUAGAUUUGCAAUGUUUUACAGGUUUUUAAAGCAUAAAAACUACUAUAAAAUUGUAUUGAUAUUGUCAGAGGAAUGGAAAUGAACAUUGGCAGGAAUGUCUUCUGAAGAUUAUUCGUGGGACAUAAGACAAUAAUUUAGGAACACAGGAAGCUCUCAUAUACUGAGUCAGACCGUUGGUCUAUCUAGCUCAGUAUUGUCUAUACAGACUAGCAGUGGCUUCUCCAAGGUUGCAGGCAGGAAUCUCUCUCAGCCCUAUCUUGGAGAAGCCAGGGAUGAAACUUGAAACCUUCUGCUCUUCCCAGAGCAGCUCCAUCCCCUAAGGGGAAUAUCUUACAGUGCUCACACAUCGUCUCCCAUUCAAAUGUAACCAGGGCAGACCCUGCUUAGCUAAUGGGACAAGUCAUGCUUGCUACCACAAGACCAGCUCUCUUCUCCAAAUUGUUCAUUGUUACCCUGACUCUGACCCUAACCUUUUUCACUAUGUGCAACUGACUGCAAUUUUAUCCCAGGCGUUUGGGGGUAGGGAUAAAGAAGGGGUGAUAACACAGAGUAAACUGUAAGUGAAAUAAUGCUAUCACUUAUUUCCCAUCUCUAGGGGGUUAGUUGUUUCCAAAAAUCACUAUGUGCAUUCAUCCUCUGAGGUGGUACCAAUGGUCAAAAUUUUGGGGCCAUCAGUACCAUGGACUAUCUUGUGCAAUUCCACAGCAAGGUGUAAACUGCAUUUGGAACUUGUACUAUUCACUUCUUCUCAAAAUAUGGAAAGCUGGCACCAGUGAAGUCUCAUUUUAGAUGGAGUGCAAACUCCUGGCCUGUGUGAACAACUACUCUCAACAGCUUCACCUUGAGCUAGCCAAUUAUGUUCUGAUCCAUAACAAAAGCAAGAGCUGUGGCCCUCUUAGGCAUUAGCAAGGCAUUUGUGCAUGUAAGCCGGGACUUAUUAACAUAUGAAGCUGCCUCAGAGAGGAGAGCCGGUCUUAUGGUAGCAAGCAUGGUCUGACUCAGUAUAUGGCAGCUUCCUAUGUACACUGUCCAAUACCUUUGGUCCAUCUUACCUAACACUGAUGGACAGUUGCUCUCCAAGGUCUCAGGCUUUCACAGCAGCCCUGCUACCUGAGUUCUUUAACUGGAACUAUAGGAGAUUGAAUCUGGGACUUCCUGAAUGCAAAGCAGGACCUUUUUUUAAAAAAAAACCACACACACACACACACGCGCAACCAGACACAAAAUGUCCAGUUCUUUUUUUAAAAAGUGCAAUUCUAAAAGACCACUUGUGCAGUUCAAACAUUCAAAAGUUGUUUUAUGCAAAAGUUGUAUUGUGUUAGUUGAUGUAAACAGUGACUAAACCAUGAGAAAAGUAAAGUGUCCAAGCUUC